AUCUUACAAAUUGGAUUUAAUCUGUCUAUUUUCCUAGGAAAAACCCAAAACCCAAAAUCUAAACAAAAACGCCAAUGUCGAUUAAAAUCGACUCGAUCAGUUCAUUUGUAAAUCAACUCAACAUUGUGAUUGUAAAUAUAGUUGAUCCAUCAGUCUUUUGCUUUCCAUGAACUUAUUUUUUAUCAAAAUGCCAUCAACGAAAAUCGCCAUUAUGCUAACUUUGAUUGUCAUCUUAAUUGACCAGAAGGUGAAUACAAACGAAGUUGGGAGCCAGGCCAUCCAUCGUCAAAGUCGUUUUCUAAUCCUUCCCGGGUCAGUUUAUGUCAACAGCACCAAUUGGUCCCCAUUGGAUGGUAUAAUGAAAACUUGGGGUAAUUUGAUAAACUGGAAAGUAUCAACAUUUGGUGCAAUCAAAAAUUGGGUUCGCAAUUUGAUAUCAAAAACUCCCAUUGAUGUCAACUGUCUUAAAGAAGGUAAACCAGUCAAUAAUCAAUCGAUGUUACACGAUUUAAAAUCAAAAUUAUUUAAAGAUUGGAAGAAACAAUCAACAACAACCGCAAAUCAAGAAUCACACUUGAAAAAAUAAGAUUCGAUUUACAACAGCAUACCGUUUUUAUGAGCCUCGGAGGAUUAAAAAUGAACAGUAAUUCCGAUGAUCCGAUGCCACAGACACUUCAACAGACAUCAACUUCACCAACUACGUCAGCUAAAUCAACUACUUCAAGCCCAACAAAAUCGACUAAUCUUCUUACACCGGCAUCAACCCCAGCAUCAACCCCAGCCUCAACCCCGGCAUCAACACAAGCAUCAACUACACCACCAACACCAUCGACGUCAACACCAUUAACGACACCAGCAGCAACUACACCAACACCAUCGACACCACUAACACCAUCGACAUCAACAACACCAGCAACAACACAAGCAUCAACUACGCCACCAACACCAUCCACGUCAACACCAGCAUCAACACCAUCAACAACACCUGUAACGACACCAGCAGCAACUACACCAACACCAUCGACAUCAACAACACCAGUAUCAACUACACCAUCAACACCGCAACCAACAACAGUUAAUCCGGGAAACACUAAUGAAACCUUAAAUGAAAUUUAGAUAGUACUGAAUAUCAAAGUAGAUAGCUUGUUAUAAAAAUGGGAAAAGAUUUCUUUGUUAUAUCUAUUGAUCUUACCAUUAACUAUUGGAAAUACUUUUUAUGCUUUUUAAUGUCGUUUAAUAUUAAAAUCAUUCAGAUUAUUUGGACGAUUUAACAAAUAAUCACUAAAAACAAAUCUGUUUCACAGAAUUUAUUACAAAUUGUCAUUUAUACCCCAGUAUUGAAUUGUUUUUAGAUGCCGAAAAACUCUCACUCGAAAUUGUUUUAAAUGUUUUGAUGUAGAGCCUCAAGUGAUGAUAAUUCACAGAUGCAUCAAAAAACAAUUCAAACCCUUACUUUUGAAAAUGUUAGAUAUGUGAAUUUCAAUAAAUGGCUUGAUCGAUUUUCGAUAAAUUAUCUCACAAUUGUGAAAAAGCUUUUGAAAAUUGUGAUAUGACGUUUUCCAUUAAAGGAGAAGUUUCCCAGAUUAUAAUUGAGUUAUUGUGAAUUCUUAUCAUAUGCUGUGGUUGGAAUCUUUAAAGUUGCAAAUUCAAAUUGAAACAGGACUUUGUGAAAAUUCAAUUUCAUUCUUUCCCUGACUUUUGCCUAAAUUUUAUGACGGUUAUUCCAGGAAUAGUUGACGCCACUUCUUUAGCCUAGCUGGGCUCAGCUAAUAUGGAGCUGCCAUCUAUUGUUAUUGGAAAAAUUUUAUUUCUUGUAAUCAUAGUUAUCUGAAAAUGAGUUAUUUUCACGGUGAACGUACAAUAAUACUGGAUAAUAUAUUAAUUUUGCUUUUUUAUGAUAAUUAAUAGUUUAGAGCUCUUCAAUCUUCAAU